GACACCUUCACCCUCUCCUUACCCUCCUCCUCCGAUCCGUCUGACACACCCACCACAUUCACCAAUGUCGGCCGCAUUACAAGAGAGUGGCGUCCGUCGCCAUUCUUUUUCCCACUUCGGAGAUGCUGCCACCACCUACCGUCAUACCUCAAUCCCCUAUACUGCGACAAGUCAUCCAGACAAUCCCAUUCCCUCCGAGCCGAAAGACAUCAUCGCUGGAAUGAGAAUACCUCUUGAAGACAGCGUGCGACUGAGCAAUAUGGCCACGAUCAGGACUCGAUCUAGUGGAGAGAGCCUGCAGGGCGAUACGAGCGAUUCCGAUACCCCCUCAACACCGCUCACGGAGCACAGCGAUGCCGAUGGAUCGUUCGUACGAAUGUCAAAAUUAUCCCUCGAAACGAGCACAAAGCCUCCACGAAAGAGAAGGGCAAGCACAACAUAUGCCUCCAAUGUCGAUGAUAUCAGGCGACUCAUCGGGACGGGCGGAGGCACAAAGUUCCUGCAGAAAUACUGCUGUGGGGAGGGGUGCUGCAUGAUAGAAUCAUUGCCUCUUCACACCGACGAGACGGCCUAUGCGCCCAUCAUAACACCCAGCAACGAUGCCUACCGCUUUCUCAACCUCAACUUACGGUCACUAUCCCUCGACACGGAACUCACCAAGAUCCCCGAGGUGCAAGAGUCAAAGGUGUCGUUUGCAGCCCUCCGACGAGCCUCGAUCGAGGAGAAGUUUCCAGACGAAGCACACCAUAGACAUGAUGCCGAGGCUGUCAAGUCGUAUCCGCCGACUUACAUGAAGCCGCAUCCUCCAUAUGAGAUCUUCAAUGCGCCAUUGUAUGAUGCUCGGGAGCUCACCAAGCCUGGUGCGGAAAAGAGGACGUUCCACUUUGACAUCGAUGUCACGGACUAUCCGGCAGAAGGUGGCGUGGAUUUCAAAGUCGGUGGUGCCGUAGGUGUAUGUCCUCCAAACGAUCCAGAAGUCGUCGAGGAUAUCAUGAAUCAGCUCGGAGUACCUCGGUUCCUCCGCGACAAGGCGGUUCGUUUACAAACGACAGGCGGACGCUGGCCUACCAUUUGGGGCGACGAGGAAUCUCGAGAACUUGUCACAACACGGAGGGAAGUCCUCACAUGGACAGUCGACAUAUCCUCCACCGCACCCACCAAACCACUCCUCCGCCUUCUUGCAGAGCACGCCUCCGAGCCCAACGAGAAGAAGAUUCUUGAAUAUGUCUGCUCCGCACAAGGACAAGCGACCUUCUGCGACCUCCGCACAGGACCUCAUAUCACCGUCCAACAACUCCUCCGAGCCUUCCCCUCCUCAAAGCCACCACUCGAAUCCCUGUGCGCCGUCCUCACCCAACUCAUGCCACGAUUCUACUCCCUCUCCAACGACCCUCACGUCUCCUCCGCCCGUGAAGGCUUGGCUGGACGCCGGCUAAUCGAAAUCGCCGUCACCAUCCACGAGACACCCAACUAUUCCGGCACGAAACGCUCCGGCGUCGGCUCCGGCUUCAUGGAACGCAUCGCCCGCGCCUUUAUUGAAGCCGAAGGUGCCGCACCUAAAGACUCUCCUCCCAGCACCGCCGGCCGCGCCCUCAACCUUUCCGUCCCCAUGUUCCGCGGUCUGAUGUCCAACCCGCUCUCCCGUGAGUUCGCUUCCGACGGUCCGAUGGUGCUCAUCGGUGCGGGUGUGGGAAUGGCUCCUUUCCGUGGCUUCAUUCUCAACCGCCUGAAGAACGCCAAUUGCGCGAACAAGAUCUGGCUCAUCCAAGGCAUCCGCGAUAGCAUGCUCGAUGAGAUUUACCGCGGCGAACUCGGCGCGCACGAAUCGGAGAUCAAAAAGGUCGUGCAGUCUCGCGCGCAGAAGAUGCUCCCUCCCAAGGUGGCCAAGUAUGUCCAAGAUGAGGUCAGGUUGCAAGCGGACAUUGUCUGGUUUGUAAUCAAUGCGCUGGACGGGAGAAUUUUCGUGUGUGGAUCUACCUCGGGCAUGGGCGAGGGAGUGGAGAGUGCACUUGUUGAUGUUGCAAUGGAUAAGGGGAAUUUGGAUGAGGAGACCGCACGGCAGUUCUGGGAGGGGAAGAAGGCGGGUGGACAGUAUAUUGCUGAGACUUGGUAAGAGGUGGCCGUGUUUCGUUGCGUUUUGCUUGGAUAAGAUUUGGGGAAUAGCCGCGAUGGCUUGGUUUGCUUGGGAGGAUUUCUUGAUACGAUUUUGGCGGGCAAGCAAGCGUUGCUUGAAAGUUUGUUUUCCGGAUUGGUUUCACCUUCGACUCGGGUCAUUUUGGACU